CAGUUUACGAACGCCCGGAAAUCAUUGAUGCUAGACCUCUUCAGCUAGUCUAUAAUAUGAUGAAACAAAAAAAAGAAGAAAGAAAGCUGUCAUUAUUGGUCAGAAACAGGUACGCAAUAACUAUACAGUACUUGUCCACAAUAUAUAAACUCAUGGAUAUCCCCGCGCGAACAAGAUGUCGAAAGCCAACAUCGCACGGCAAGCACUGAGAUAACUGUCUACGCUACCUGACCAUUUCCGAUAUCCGAGAUUAUGUUGAAACCCUUGUUGCGAAAUGCUAGUAUUUUCCUUCCACAACGGCGGUUCGCUUCAGGGAAUGCAUUUCAGCGCGGCAAUCCCCUUCCCAUCACCAUAACCCCUUCCAAAGAUGAAGUUGAUCGUUUACAGCUUUCAUCGCAGAAUCUCGAGACCGCUAUCGGAAGUCUACACAAGGACGGUUUAGUUGUGAUAGAAGAUGUGGUCGAUCACGGCUCUUUGGACGCCCUGAACGAAGUCAUGACAAGAGAUGCAUACGUUCUUCGAGACAAACCUGACAGUCCGUUUAACUACAACCCUGGGAAUAUUCAGCAGGAUCCUCCUCCGAUACUGGAACAUUUCCACAGGAGCAUCUUCUUGAACCCAGUUACUUCACAAGUCACAUCUACGUUCCUAGGACCGCGCCCAAAAUGGACAUUUUGCUCAGGGAAUACGGCAAUGCCUCCGACGCCAGAAUCGCCUCCUCAGUCGCAACCAGUGCAUACAGACGCUGACUUUGCGCAUCCGGCUCAUCCAUUUGCCCUCGUUAUCAAUGUGCCAUUGAUCACAAUGACUCCAAACAACGGUUCUACGGAAGUGUGGUUAGGAACCCAAAACAAUGCGGAUCUGGACGCUCAAGAUGGUCGCCACGGAGAAAGGGCGAGUGGAAGGAUAAAAUCACACCUCUUGGAGGAGAGAAGGGCCACAAGGCCGCCCUCUCAACCUUUCGUGAAGAAAGGAUCAAUUGUCAUACGAGACCUUCAUCUAUGGCAUGCAGGGAAGGGCAAUCAUACGCCAGAUCCAAGAGUCAUGCUAGCAAUGAUCCAUUUUGCACCCUGGUAUAGAAAUCCCAUGCGACUGGAGUUUGCUGAGGAAAUUCGCACAGUCAUCGAGGGACAAUCUGGGUUGGAGGUUCCGGUCGACUGGAUCUCGAGGGAAAAAGCGCUAUCGAGUUAUCUGAAUCGUGGUUUUGGUAAUAGCUAUGAUUUCAACCAGACCCCAUAGGGCAUUCGUGCUCGUGGCUGUUAGCGAAGACUGUCUGUGAACGAGAACCAAUUUGAGACAAGGUUGCGACUUAAUUUGAUGCGAAUAACGAUCAAGAUUCUGAAUCUCGUAGACACUCAGUAAUAAGUAGACUAAUAGCAG